CCUACGUAAUAAGUAUCAGCCGUUGGUAUACGCCUGGCGCGCAAACAGCCUUAGCUGUGCGCGAGUCAACAAGCGAGCAGGUGGCUGCGCUGCGCAACCCUCUAAAGGCAUAUUUAAGCUACAUGUGACCCAUACAAUACUUCAACGAGGCUAGGUGUAUCAGAGACUUACAGCUCGCAGGGCUUUGACCAGAAGACUUUUGCGACUCAGCUAUUGCAGCAGCUUAAAAACCGCUAGUGGGAUGAGAAUAUAGCGGGGAGUUGUUAUGGAGGAGGACAGCGACGACUUCGGGCUCGGCGAGACGGGCGAGUUGGCCAUUGAGCAUGAUGAUGAUUUUGGGGCAGCACCGCGCUCACAGGGAAGGGCGCCUCCUGUCAGGAAACGCACAGAUGUCAGCCUGUUUGGGGAUGGGGGGGGUGAUAUUGAAAUAGACCAUGCGCCACCAGCCCGCCCCGCUGCCCCGGCGAUGCGGCCGGGCCCCGGCGCCCCCAGCCGUAGGCGCGGCGGUGACGCGGAUUUGUUCAGCGACGACGACCGGGACGGUGGCCUCGGUGGUCUACUGGGGGAUGACGAUCUGGGAGGAGACCUGGAAAUUGACCAUGACCCGGCACCCGCCCCACCGCCGCGGCCAGCUGCGCCACUGCCACCCCCCAGCCGCGGCUCGUCAGGCCGGCGUCCGGGCCGCGAUGCCGACCUAUUUAGUGACGAUGAUCGCGAUGACGGUUUGCUGGGUGACUCAGACCUGGGAGGCGACCUGGAGAUUGACCACACUCCAUCACAGGCGCCGCCACCGCCGCGGCCAACGGCGCCCAUGCCGGCGCCCUCCGGCAAGUUUACAGACCCCGAAAUAUCGCUGGACGCAAACGAUGCCGAGUUGGCAGACCUACUAGGGGAGCCACACCGCGGGGCGCCAUCGAUUCCACCGGCGGCGCAGUCACUGCCACCGCGGUCGCCGGCGCCGCCGCCGCCGGACCCCGCCAGUAGCUUUGCGCUUGGUGAGGAGGAUGAUGAGCUGGCAGAGCUCCUUGGCGACAGGCCCUCACGGGUGCCACCUCCGCCGCCUCCGCUAGCCCCAGCGCCGCAGCGAAGCCUCACCCGGCGCGUCAGCUUUCCGGACGAGCCAGCGCGCCCGGCCACGCUGCCUGCUGCGCGGGGCCGGCCGCCUGCACCUGAUGAGGACUUUGCUGACGUGGAUGACGGCGACGGCUUCGGAGUGCUGGAUGACGCGGACCGGGAGGUGGCCCGCAUUGCGUCGCACAACAGCCGGCGCGGUGGCCCGGGCCUGGGCGGGGGCGGCCUGGGACUGGGGCCGGCAAGGAGCGGCGCGCCGUCGUUUCGCUCGCCGGCACCGCAGGACAGCCUCGCGGAUGACUUCGACUCGCACCACGACGAGCUGUCCUUUGAUGCUCGCGGGCCGCCGCCGGGGCGGGCGCCACCGCCACCCGCUGCGCAGCGCCGUGCUGACUUUGACCCCUACGGCGAGGACUACGGCGAGGACUCGUUUGACGCACCGCCUGGGCCGCAGCGUGGGGGCCGUCCCCAGCCGCCGCGAGGCGGCCCGCCGCCACGCGGCGGGCCGCCGCGGGUGGCGGAGUCCAGCGAGCUGUACGGCGAGGACACGUACGGUGACAGCAUGUACGACAGCCGGGAAGACGCCGGUGGCUUCCGGCGCGUGCCGGCGCCCGACACGCGCGGCACGCCGCCUGCGCGGCAGGGGCACGGCCGGCCACAGGCGCCCGGGCCUUACGACGGCGAUGACUACGGCGACGAGUAUGAUGAUGAUUACGCCGAGGACGACGACGACUGGGCGGAUGACAUGAGCUGGGACGGCGAGAUCCGACACACGCGUGGUGCUUACCGCGCGGGCGGGCGGCCCGGCUCGGCCGGUCACCCACGAUCGCAGGGCCCGCAUGCACAGGGCGCACGGCGGCGGCCGCUGUCGGCGAUGGCGCCGCGGGACCGGCAGGCGGCCAUGAUUGAGGACAUGAUGAGCCGCCACCCCAGCACCUGGGACAUUCGGGAGGUGGCGACGUGGGUAGAGUUCAUCGGCAUGGGCCAGUACCGCAUCAAGUUCGUGCACCACAGCGUUGAUGGCACGCUGCUGCUGAGCCUGGGCGAGCCAGAGCUGGCCAGGGACAUGCGCAUCUUGCCGCUGGGCCACCGCCGGGCGCUGCUGGGUGCCAUUGCGGAGCUCAAGGAGGCAGCGGCGGCGAUGGAGAAGGACCGCGCAGACCGCGGCCUGGCACCCGGCGCGGCACAGACGCCAAGGAACGAGAAUGAGCGGGUGGCGGACCUGCGGCGGCGUGGCGCGCAGCAGGAGAUAUCGCGGCGACCGGCCAGCGCCGGGCCCAACGUCAUCCCGCCCGAGCCCUACCUGGGCCCCGCCGUGGGCAAGAUCACGGUGUACGAGCAGCGCGCCAAACUGCUGUACCAGCUGGACAAGGCCCGGCACCGUGCGGCCCAGCACGCGGCCAUCAUCGACCAGCUGAGCAACAACAAGCAGCUGACGGAGCAGCAGAUGGCGGACCUGCGCGGCAAGCUCAAAGACCUGGAGGCCAAGCACAAGGACGUGCUGGGGCCCGGCAGCCGCCGCCCCGGCAUGACCGCGUCCGUGGGCGGCGCCGCGCCUGGCUCCGGCAGCCCCCGGCACGGCCACGGUACGGCCGCGCUGGCGGCAGCCGAGUACGGCGCUGACGCGGCGGUGCCGUGGCAGCCGGUGGGUAAGGGCACGCGCAAGGCGAACCCGAACCCGGAGCGCAUCGCGCGGCCUGGCGAGGACCCUGGGCUGGACCUCACCUUCCGGCCGCGGACCGUGAAACUGAGUGAGGUGCCGUACGGCGCGGUGCGCGAUAUCGUGUCCAAAGCUCUGGGCAGCCGCGUCCCGUUUUGGCGGCGCAUGGAUUUUGAGUUCGAAAAGGCGCGCAAGGACCGGGAGGCGCGCGACGAGGCACGGAGCAAGCGGCGAGAGCGGAUGGGCCUUUCACGGCGCGGCGGCGGCGGUGGCGAAGGCGAGGACGAGGAGCAGGCCAAGUCCAAGUACUGGAACAACUUCUGGGUUCCGGGCAGUCAGAAGAACUCCAGCUACCACAAGCACUUCAAGAAGGGCUCUGAGAACGCCGAGCUGCAGCAGUACCGCAGCUUCGCCAAGGACAAGACGCGCCUCGGGCGCUGGUUCAGGAGGUUCAUUGAUGACGGCGAGGAGACGGAGGGUGACGUGGCGCUGGAGAAGCUGGUGAACCGCAUGAUCCGGGCGCUGGUCAAGACCAAGGACCAGGCCGACCAGGAGAUCGGCGAGACGUUCGACAAGAAGAUCCGCCGCUACUUUGAGGAGCGCGGCUACAAGUUCGCCACGCACACCUCCAACACCAUCAUGGUGCGCGCGCGCGGCACGCGCCGGCCGGCGCCCAACCGGCCCGACACCACGCUGUACGACUUUGAGGAGGUGGAGCAGUUCUACCCGGACUACCUGCGGAAGCGCAGCGCGGCGGCGGCGGAGGACUACGGCCUGGGCGGCGAGGACGAGGAGGAGACGCGCAUGGUGCCCAAGCGCACCACCUGGAAGUGGCUGACGUCCAUGUACUACAUGGACCGCCAGAAGAAGCUGCGGGCCGCCAUCGCCAUGGUCAAGAUGAGCCAGUUCGUACAGAGACACGGCGUCCGCUGGCCCCCAGAGCGCGACAAGAGCAACGACAAGAAGGCGGUGUGGGUGCCCAACAGCAACGCCGGCGCGCUGCACCAGGUGGACGGCCGCGACCGCACCUUCAACACCGUGGGGCAGGACAACAUCGGCCUGCACGCCAAGCUGAAGAAGGCGCUGGGUCCGCCGCAGCCGGUGACCUUCCAGAUGAAGAUGAAGCAGAUGGAGGCCACCGAGGCCAAGGCCGACCAGACCUACAUGGAGAUGGGCUGGCCGCACUCCUCGGGUGACCCCGCGCUGGGGCCGCCACAGGAGCCGCUGCUCAUGCCGCACGAGGACGGCCUGGGUGACGGCGGCGGCGAGGGCGGUGAUGACUUCGGGCUGGGCAUGGAGGGCGCCGAGGGCGGUGGAGGCGGUGGCGGGGGUCGGCAUGGCGGCCGGGCACGGGCACCAGCCAUGGACUUCGGCCAGGCCAUUGACGCCUUUAUCACCCGCGCGCUUGACCUGCGCUACAUGCACGAGGACUGGUUGGAGGCGUGGCGCCGAGCCCGCGAGCGCAGCUACGGCGAGGAGCAGCUCUCCAGCGAGCCCCCCGGCGUCAACGAGCUGGACUGGCGCGGAGACCCGCUGCUGGCGAUGCAGGAGCGCGCCAUGGAGCGGCAGCGGCAGGAGUGGCUGCUGGCGUGGGAGAAGGCGCGGCGGGUGCGCGACCGGCGCGCGGUGCGGCUGCGGGAGCAGGGGUACCGGGAGGAGGACAUCGAGGCGCGCCUGGGCAGGCAGCAGGAGGCCGAGGAGGUGGAGUCGGCUGUGGUGCACCACCUGUUCGUCAACCUGACGCUCAUGGCGCGACACAAGCCGGCGGACCUGGUCAAGUUCCGGGACGAGCUGACCGGCACCAAGAAGAAGAUGGCGGUGUGGAGGGCCAUCUGCAACCAGAAGUUCAUCGACGAGACGCGGGAGAAGGAGUACAAGCGCGAGAACACGCUGCGGGCCAUCUACGACAGCCUGCGAGUGGGCGGCCGCAAGAAGGUGCUGGACCCAGACCAGGAGGACGCCUGCGUGGGCCGCCUCGUGACGGACGUGUACAAGCGGGAGCGCCGCAUGAGCGAGCGCAUCGAGAGGAAGCUGGAGGCGGUGGAGUCCUCCCUCACGCCCUGGUACGUGCUGCACCCACCCAGCCGCCCAGUCAGCCGCGCCGUGUCGCCAAACCGCGACUCGGUCUCCCCCGGCCGCCGGAACCGCUCGCCCCGCUCACCCCGCCCAGGUGGCGGCGGCGGCGCGCGCGGCGCUGCCGCCGCGGUCACGCCGCCGCGGCCACGCAGCGCCUCGCGCGCAGGCCGUGCUCCCACGGGCCCAGACGAUCCAGAGCCCAAAGCUCCCGGCGACAGGCGGAAGUAUGUGUUUGGAUCCAGCACGCCCAAGUCCAUGUGGGGGCCCCAGGGCCCGGUGCGUGGAGGCGCGGGCCGGACGCCCGGCCGCGGUGGUGCUGCUGGCGGCGGUAGCCUGCUCGACUCGCCGGCAGUGCAGGGGUUGACGAGCAGCGUCGACCGGCGCGAGCGGUCGCCGGGGGCUGGGCGCGGCGGCAACUCGACGCCGACGCGGCACCGGCCCACAACGCCGUCACAGCCGCAGCGGCCACGCUCUGCAGCGCCUGGGCCCUCGCCCCCGCCACGGUCCAGUGCCGGCGGCGCGCCUGCGCCGCGCCGGCCCAUGUCCGCCGCCGGCCCCGCACCACCGUCGCCUGGCGGCCGUGGCAGGCCUGCCAGCCCCGGCCCCAGCCGUGGACCGCCGGUCAGUCCGCGCCGCAGCACACCAAGCCGCGUGGGCUUCGCGCCGCCGCCUUCGGCGCGCGGGCGCGGCAGUGGCGGGGGCGCGCCGCCGCCUCGCCGUGGCCUCAUGGACACCGCCGGCGACACCACUGGCACAGACACGUCACCGGAGCGCGGGCCACCACGUGGCGGAGCAGCGCCGCCGCCGCCGCGUCGCGGCCUUGCAGACGAGUCGGAGAGCAGCCCCAGCCCACCGCCACGCCGCGUGCCGUCCCAGACCACAAUCACAGCUGCCGCGCCGUCGCAGCCGGCACCAGCUGCGGGCGGCGCCCUGCCCAGCCGGCGGUCCAGCCAGGCCAGUGGCAUGAGUGGCCCGGCGGCGCGGACGGGCUCGGGUGGCGCAGCAGCAGCAUCGCAGCCGCCGGCAGGAGCUGGCAGUGGCGGCGCGUCACGGCGGGCGUCGGGCGCAGCUACGCCGCCGGGCGGCCUGUCGCAGCAGCCUUCGGCCGCCAGCGGCCUUGGGCUGCCGACAGGGCCGCCCAGACCUGGCGCGCCGCCGGCACGACAGCCGAGCGGUACAGGCAGCCAGCCGCGUGCCUCUGGCACAGGCUCUGCGACGGGCAGUGGCGGUGCCGGCGGCGGCGGCGGAGGCAGCAACGCGUCAGGUUCGCGGCGGCCGUCCAACACGCCGCCAGCUUUGGGGGCGCAGCCGUCGAGUGGCGACCUAGGUGCAGUGGGCGGCUCUAGGCGCUCGCUCCACAGCCAGGGCUCUACCAGCAGCCUCGGCGGCCCUGGCGCCGGCGGCAGUAAACCUGGCGGCAGCGCCAGCGGCGGUCUCAGCGGCGGGCCCAGCGGCGCCAGCGGACUGGGCAUCGGCACCGGUGGAGGCAGCGCUGGCGGCGGCUCUGGCGCCGGCGGCGCAGGUGCCACGCCGCAGCAGCGCUCGCCGCUUUCGCGUUCCCCAACCAACGCCUCGCCGCCCUCCGCCUCACCGCCUGGGGCCUCGCCUCGCGGACAGCCCUCCUCGCUGCGCCUCUCCAGCGAGGCAAGCAAUCCGCCCACGGCGCCGCCACCAGCGGCGGCGGCAGCCGCAGCACCGUCGCCGUCGGGCCGCCCACGUGUGGAACCGUCCACAGGCGGCGGUACGACUGACUAUGAUGACGACGAGUUUGACGCGGGUGGUGGCGAGCUCGAUGUUGAGUAUGACUUGGAUGAGGCGGACGGAGCGGAGCUUGACAUGGGCGAUGUGGGUGGUGAUGAGGAGUUUUGAGGCCUAGGACCGUGUCCUCGGGUAACGGCGUGCUCGUAUACAGAGCAAUGAAGCGCUGACGCAACCGAUAGAGGGGGCCGGGAAACGGGCCUCGGGGGGGGGGCAGCUGCCGAGGGCGUACGGAACCGGCCGGAAGAUGGUGGUGACGCCGGACAACUGGCGGGGGUUUGUCAAACCCUAACCCCGCUUUUGUAACAGAACUAUGUC